UUUUAGCUCUCUAUAGGUUUUGGAUUUCCAACUGUCAAAGCUCUGAAAAGUCAUAGCUUCUAUCAAUAUUUCAACCUGGAUAUGAGGCUUAACCACUCUGACUGCUGUUGUGGAGAAGCUGUCAGCCAGCUAGCAAGCAUUCAUUGAUGACCUAGUGGGUGUGUGGAUAUCAGUUGUGGAGUAGCAUCAGAUACCCACAAGGACAAGGACUUUUCUGACCCCCCACUAGCACCCCCCUAGGCUAACUAGAGGCCUUAAAGCUUACUGCAGGAGAACCUAGCAAGGAUCCUUUAAAAAAAGAAAACGCUGUAGCCGACUUCGUCAAAUUCAAAGCAUCCUGACACAAAGCAGCAAGUCUCAGCCCGAUGGAAUUCUCUGCAUUUUAGGAAUUGACAGCAGAUACAACGAAGGCUGCAGGGAGCUGGCAAAUUACCUUCUGUUUGGUUUGUACAGCCACAGUGCCAGUGACGCCGAGAGGCCAGGGUUUACUGAAGAAGUCCUCGAUGAUGUAAUUAUCCUGAUCAAACCUGACAGUGUUCAUCUGUACUGCAAUCCUGUGAAUUACCGUUAUCUCUUGCCCUAUGUAGCACACUGGAGAAACUUACAUUUUCAUUGCAUGACUGAAAAUGAGUACGAAAAUGAAGAAGCUGCUGAGGAAUUUAAAAUCGCAAGUUUUGUGGACAUGGUUCGAGACUGUAGUCGAAUCGGCAUUCCCUACAGCUCUCAAGGGCACCUGCAGAUAUUCGAUAUGUUUGUGGUGGAGAAGUGGCCGAUUGUUCAGGCUUUUGCCCUUGAAGGCAUCGGUGGGGAUGGAUUUUUUACCAUGAAAUAUCAGCUGCAGGAUGUAAGUGCGGAUUUGUGGAAAGCAUACAGCCGGAUGGAUCCUGUGUCACUGGAGACUUUGCUAUCCCAGGACUUAAGGACUUUUGAACACCAGUGGACCAGCUUCUUUGCUAAUUUUGACACAGAAAUCCCCUUCCUACUGGAACUUUCAGAAUUCCAGGCUGGUGAGCCUUUCAGAAGUUACUUCAGUCACGGAAUGCUCUCCAGCCACAUUACUGACAAUAGCCCAAGCAGGCAGCCGUUUGUCCUUUUUGGUUGUCACUCAACUCGAGAAAACAUCAACGCCAGCAACUUCAACUUUCCUUCCGAAGGGCACCUGGUGCGGAACACGGGCCUGGGAGGGAGCACCGCCAAGCACAUGGUUGUACAGUGUGUCUCUCCAAAAGGACCUCUCGCUUGUUCAAGAACCUAUUUUUUCGGAACUUCUCACGUCCCUUAUCUGGGAAGCGGCAGUGAAUUACCCAAGAAAAACAUACAAGUUAGGCAAUUGUCCCAGAUAUAUGCUGCUGUUGUUGAGGCUGUUCUGGCUGGCAUUGCAUGGUAUGCUAAAACUUCCAAUAUAACCAAGUCUAAGGAAGCAGCAGAGCUGACAUUUUGGAAUCUACUAGAAUCAUUUCAGAUGAAGAAGCUGAAGUCUGCUCUACGCCACAAGCUAGCUUUUCGUAUCCAUGCUGUGAACAACCAGGGAAGAAUUGUGCCUCUGGACAGUGCAGACAGCUUAUACUCUGUUAAAACGGCCUCCAUGAGUGUAUAUGACAUCCCUGACUUGAGCGGAGGAAAAGAAUGCUUGGGGUCUAUAGUCUUCUCAGAAUCAUUUUUGACAUCUCAGAUCCUUAUUAAAGAAAAUGAUGGCAGUAUUACCGCAGAAACCAGCUACGAGAUUCUGACUGCACCCAUCGCUAGAUUCUGCUCUUGGCUGGUAGAAGAUAAUGAAGUGAAAUUGUCUGAGAAAGCCCAGCAAAUGGUGAAGGAGGAUGAGUCUUUCUUGGGCCUCCUCCUGACAGGAGGAGAGAAAGCACAUAUUUAUUCCAGCAAUGCACAGGCCUGGCCAGAGGAAGGAAAAGUUUACUUCUUUUCAGAUGGCCUUUUGUUUUCCCAUCAUCAUUAUGGAAGUAUCACCAUCCCUAAGAAUCACAUGAAUUCCAUAUACUUCUAUGAUGGGGACUCCACCAGUGUUGUUGCUGCCUUGUUGAUAGACUUCAAAAGUUCCUUGCAUCCUUAUCUUCCAGUUGAAUUCUACACAUCAAGCAAUUUUCUGAUGAUUGCCUUUUUCCCCAAAUCCAAGAUGUACCAAGCAUUCUACGCAGAGGUCUUCUCUCCCUGGCAACACUCAGCUAACUCAGAACUGGUUUUAAAAGUGAUCCAGGAAGACGGAUUAUCUAAAGAACAAAAAAAAUUAUACUCCAAUGUGCAAAAACUCUUUAAUGCUCAGUCCUAUCCUGUUGGGGAAAGAGAGAGUCAGCUAAAACUCUUGAGUUCUCGUCUCCCAGAUCUGGACUGGUUUCUCCAGCAUUUUGCCAUCUGCAGUAUCAGCCAGGAGCCAAUAAUGAGGUCCCAUUUUCCUGAUCUCCUGCAGCAAGGUGAAAUCAGGCCUGCUCAGAAAGUGGAAAAUGAAAAGGUGAUCAUCAGUAUUGUCUCGGGGCUGCCAGGCUGUCAUGCCAGUGACCUCUGUGCUUUCCUGGUCACUCUGCACAGGGAGUAUGGAAGGUGGAUGGUGUAUAGGCAAACCAUGGACACCUCUGAAUGUUUCAGUACUGCCCACUUCCAAAAGUACCUAACCAGUGCCCUGGAGGCCCAGCAGAACCGCCGGCCCAGACAAUCGGCAUAUACCCGGAAAAAGACCAGAUUAUUGGUGGUGUUACAGGGCUACACAGAUGUUAUUGAUGUUGUCCAGGCACUCCAGACUCACCCUGAUUCAGAUGUGAGGUCAGCUUAUGAAAUUGGCACAGUCACUACAUGUGUGGAGCCCCUGAGCUGCUACAUGGAGCACAGAUUUCUCUUUCCUAAAUUUCUUGAUCAGUGUUCACAAGGUCUGGUAAACAAUGUGGUAUUCACUAGCCACACUGCAGAUCAAAGACAUCCCCUCCUUGUACAGCUACAGAGUCUUAUCCGAGCAGCAAAUUCAACUGCAGCUUUCAUUCUUGCCGAAAAUGGGAUAGUGACCAGGAAUGAAGACAUUGAGCUGAUUCUUUCAGAAAAUAGUUUUUCAACUCCUCAGAUGUUGAGAGAUCGAUAUUUAAUGUUUCCAGGCUGGUAUGAAGGUAAAUUUCGUGCAGGAUCUGUCUUCCCCCCAAUGGUUCAGAUCUGUGUCUGGUUUGGUCGCCCCUUGGAGAAGACUUGCUUCAUGGCCAAAUGCAAAGCAAUUAAGUCCUUGAUUAAGCAAAGCCCGUUCUCUGGAAAUAUCUACCACAUCCUGGGCAAAGUGAAGUUUUCAGACUCAGAGAAAAUGAUGGAAGUUUGUCACAACACACUAACUAAUUCCUUAAGCAUUGUGCCGGUUCUAGAGGGGCCUACCCCCCCUCCAGAUUCCCGUGGAGCUCCCCGAGAUAGCAGCGGGCAGCAGGAGAGUUACCUCGUAUUCAUUGGCUGCUCUCUGAAAGAGGAGAGUGUAAAGGACUGGCUUCGACAAACUGCAAAGCAGAAACCUCAGAGGAAAGCCUUGAAAACUAGGGGGAUGCUGACACUGCAAGAGAUCAAGAACAUUCAUGUGAAACGCCACUUGGAUCCUCUGCCUGCAGGUUACUUUUAUAAUGGAACCCAAUUUGUCAACUUCUUUGGCGAUAAAACUGAUUAUCACCCAUUAAUGGACCAGUUUAUGAAUGAUUAUGUAGAAGAAGCAAACCGGGAGAUUGAGAAGUACAACCGAGAGCUGGAGCAACAGGAAUACCCAGACCUAUUUGAGCAGAAGCCCCCAAGCUAGCCCAGGCGGGCUCUCUGUGCCCAGGGAAGAGUCUUGGGCACAAGUACUGGCAGCAUGGCUGCCACCUCAACACGUUGUCCCUGCUCUCACAAUGUCAGAGACGCUCAUGAAUUUUCUGGCCCUCUGCUUUCUUGAACAUGCCCAAGGCCACAUUUCCUGGCAGGAAGCUGCUUCUUCUGUCUGAUGUGUGCUUGUUUGUGCUGUCUCAUUUGCAUGUGGUCCUGAUGCAAGAUACAAUUGUCACCUGGACCUUCAUUCCCUUUUCCAAGGACAGAGGAGAAUGAGGGCCUAGACAUAACCCAUAAAGCAGGUAAAGCUCAGGAGUGCUCUGAACCUGCCCUGUCCCCCAAGUGCCGUCUGCAGUCCAGUCCUGUCUUGGCCUAAAAAUAUGAGCCUGCAAAGGAGGCUUGUGCUGUUUCUUGUCUUGUGGGUAUAGGGGAAGCACUCUUCGAGGGUAAGGGAGUAUCAGAAUUGCUUGAAGGGUUUUCCCAAGCUACCUCCACACCUUUCACUUCUCUGGCAUUACCCAAGUCUUACGUUAGAGUCUGGAGGAAGCAUGGAACCUCAGACCUCCGUCCCUUAUCUUAUGGAGUCUUUUUGAAGCAGCUGGUAAGAGUGAAAAGGAGAGAAGGGAGGACUUGUUGGCUCUGGUGUAGGACCCAACCAAGGGUCUGAUGUAGACCCCAGCCAUGGCCAAUGCCAAGGCUCUCUAGAGCCCUACGAGAGACAGUGCCUGAGGUGAGCAGUGUCUUCAUAGAGACUGAAAGCCUUGUUUGGGAGGCUCCUGGACAGUCACUUGUGAUGUGAGGGGAAAUGGCUGGUUUCCUUUCCCUUCCAGACUGCAGGAAAAAAGCCCUAAUGAGGCAGAUCAUGUCUCCCUGAGCGACUAGCCUGGGUUUCCUUUGCUCUAUAGACCACUGCAGCACUGUUCCUUCUCCUCAAUUUAGGGAGAGAUGAGGGAAGACAUCGAUGGCCUUGGCUAAUCAGUACUCUUUUGGUUUGGAGCUGAGCUGUUGCUUAAGUUUAGGUUUCCAAACAAGGAAAUUGGGGUGGGAGGUGUCUUGUCACUUUUCCAGUUGCUUGUAGGACUUCCCCACAUAGAUUCUAAUUCUUCUUCCUUGCUCUCCCCCCCCCCCUUCUGUGGAGCCCUAGGUCAACUCCACUAGGGCAGAGGGAGGUCAGGUUUUUGCUAACGUGACUUCCUCCCAGUCCUGGCCACUUACAUGUGAUGCAAUAAGAUUUAAUUGUGGAAAAUUUACUCCCAAGUCCCCAAGCCUUCUUGCUGUCCCUGGCUCUGGCUCCCAAGGGAGAGGAAAUUUCAGUCUUUCAGCGAACACAUUCAAAAUAUCUUUGGUCUCUUUGGCCAGAGGAAACAAGCCAAGUGUUUGGGGUUCUACGAUUCCUUCUAUUGGUUUUGGUUUCAGUAGGACAUUAAAGCAAAUGUGACUGAUUAUUAUUCAGAACACACUUGGCCCCUUAGAGAAGCCUAGAUGGGGGGAGCACAGGCUCCAGAUUCUAGGCCACCUUUUCCUUAAGAACGUUGGUUGUGUCAUGUUGCGGCUUAGCCCUUCAGCUUCCUGUGUUUAGAAUUUCGUCUUGUGCAUGCCUUAGGACUUAGUCAAAUGUGUGAUUUCUUUACAAAGCACAUAGGUGACACCAUUAGUGGGCUUCACCUACCCGGGGAGAUUUUUAAGAGGGAGAAAAUUCUCGCCCCUGGUAGAAAGCUCCAUGAUGGAUGCCAUGAAUUCUCCAUGCAUGCGUGCAUGUGGGUCUUCACUGCACUUGGUGCCUGCUAAGGUUAGGGUAGCAAAACUGUUUUCAGGGCCUUGCCCAGGUUUGGAAGCCAGUCAAAGGUGGUGUUUUGGAGAAGAUGAUGAUCUGUGUUUUAAACUGAGAUGGAUGAAAACCCAGAUUCUAUUCAGUAAGAAACCUCUUAUUGAAAAAGGCAUCCCAAGGUGGAAAUGCCUGAGCAUUUCAUCUCCAAGACAAAAUUUGGCUGGCCCUUUCUCAUCCCUGCCAUGAGAAGGGACUGAGGUAAUGCCAAAGCCAUAUGGAUCCUGAGUUGCCUAGGCAACCAAAUGCCUGGUGCAGAGAAGUAGUGACAAUGGGCCCUGGCCUAGCACAUUGUUACUGCUUGGGGAUCAAUAACUGUGUAGACUUUUAAGUGCAAUUGACUAAAUAAUAGACGAAGAUACUGUAGCUUCUUUUUGUUCUGCCGAACUCUUUUUAAAAACUCAAAAUUGUGCAGCCUUUAGGGGUGGGAAUGGGGAGGGGGGACCAGGGGGCCAAUUCAUUCCACUAUUGCUCUGAAGUUUUCCAUGAAACUCUCUUGGAGGUUGGGGGAAGCCCCAGCACUCUGGGAUCUGAGAUUCCCGCUGCACAAAGAACCCAUUUUUAAGGAGAGCGUCGGCUUCCAGGCCUUGCCAUCCAUAGCAUAGACCCUCCCGCUGCUGUACUGCUUCCUGCGCCGCAGUGUUCUUGGUGACUGACUGUAUGAUACCCGUUGAAAAAGCCUUUUCACCAACCUGUGUUACUGUUCCAAUUUCCUCUCCUGCAUUGGGAUCAAAGACUAUGUGAUUACCUCAGCUCUGAAUAUGAAACUGUGAUUCUGAAAAUGUUCAUUUUGAAACGUUCUGAAGCCCAAAUGGCGAAGCUGUGAUGAGGGGUGACCGCUUGGAGCUGGGCGGGCCACAGGGCAAAGCUCUCCACCCCCAUACUAUUAUUCACUCCCUUUCCCCUCAUAUUUGAGUCCGAAAGGGAGAAGCAGGGUUGGUGAAAGGACUUUAAACUCUAACAUACACCAUGGUAACCUAGUUGAAGAGUCUUAGCACAUCUGGCUAAACUGUAUAAACUCUUUGAGGACUAAUGCCUGUAAGUGGUGAUCCUGGAGCUCAGUGCCCAGGCCAGGCCUAACUGGCCCUGGUCUGGCCUCUGCUAGAUGAACUCUUAAUAAGGCCCCUAAAAGUCAGCCACCUCUUUUGGGUUGGGAUAGUGUUUCUCCCAUGGUCUGCUUUGAGAAAAAUGGUAGCAUCAGCCAUCCCAGGCCGGAGGACCCUUAGCUACUGGACAGCCUCAGAGCAGCCGCGUCCCAAAAAGAAGUGCCAUUACACUGUGUCUUAUCGUUUUACUGUAGGGAAAAAAAAUGGAGGGACAGGAACUGAACCCAUGAAUUUGAAGCUCUGGUUACCAGGGUGCAGGAACGAGUCCUCAAGGGGUUUACCUGCUUUUUGCUGACCUUGUUAGCAGCUUAGGUUUUGUAUCACCUGGAGUGAGUGGGAUUUAGAAUUUCUGAAGUUAUAGUUGGUUUUGGUUGGGGGGUGGGGGGGCGGGGAGGGAAUCCAAUCACCUUAUUAAGGGACCUUCUGUAGGGCCCUGAGCCAGGAUCUGGGCUGCAGCUGUGAAGCCCCACAGGCAAGACCCUGACCCAGGGGAUGCCCAAGGAAAAUUUCCCUCCAAAUUCUAUUGGGGAUUUUGGAGAAUUUGCACAGUGGUAACCUCUGGGAUGCCCUUUGGGCUUCUAUAAUAGGCAAAGUUGUAACUAGGAUAGAAGCUUGUAAACUGUGAGUGUCCAGCUGCCUCGUGGGGUUAAUUGUCGACAGAUUUUGUAAAGGUGAGUCUCCCAAAUUGGGUUUGACACAGGCUCUUCAGAAUUGUCCCAAAUUGUCAAAUGUAACCCUCGAGCUCAUGGACAAUGUGCCAAAAGCCACUUUUAUACUAGCUUUUGAUGCUUUAAUAUUUGCAACUUAAGUUAAAAAUUUGUUUUUACAAACACUACUGUAACUUCAGUGAGACUGAAUGGUGUGGUUGAAGCUUUCUGGCUUAUUAUUGUAUUUAUUACACUCAAUUCAGUGGGUCUAUAAAAUUAGCUUCCACUUAUUUUUAUAUUAUUUGACAUAUUUGUACCUGCGGUUUGUGUCUGUGACUUUUACAUUUGUAAUUCAGACUUGACACUAAGAACCAAUAAACUCUCACCUCAAAGUAAAAA